AUGUGCAGAAUACUAGUUUACGGAUGUGGACAUGUGAACUACAUCAACACUGAAUUGGGGGAAACGCUGAUAUUGUGCAAAUCCCUCGACAGGGAAAAUCAGGAGGAUAGAAAAGAGAAUCUUGGCACGGAAAUCUUCAUAACUCACACCCAUUUUCCUGAUUGCCACAAGCUUACCUUCAAUGAAAUUAAAGUAAAAGAGGAGGUAAAGGAUGAAGGAGAAUGUCAAGAAUCUGUAGCACCAUUCCCUGCUAUCCCGGAAGGAUUUGCAACGGCUACUGUGAAGGAGGAACCGGAAGAACCCAUUGAUUUCAGGCAACCAGAUGAUACUGACCAUCCCACUGAUCCUCUGCAGGAUACCGAAGCAGCAGAUAUUAAUGGUUUCUUACAAAAUAUCCAAGAAAAUCCAAGCAUAAUAGAUUGGGCAGCUCCAGGGGCUCCAGGAGAGAAGAAAUUUCAUUGCAACCGGUGCCCAAAGACAUUCUCACAGCUUCCUUACCUCACAAGGCACAUGAGGUUACAUUCACAUAGUUGUUCAAAGAGAUCUGCUUCCGGAAGUAAAAAGGAGGAAACACUCCCAGCACCUCUGCUACCAAGCCAAAGAGUCGAAGGCUUCCUUCCUCUUCAUCCUGUUGAAAAACGCGUCUUAUCGAGAAUUCCUCCAGAAGAUCCAUCAGAUGGGAGAGAUUUUACAUGUACUCGGUGCUUCAAGUCAUUCACCUCACCAGAUUCCCUGAAGCAGCACGAAAAGAUUCACGGAGACAAAGUUUUCAUUUGCAACAUUUGCGAAAAGGGAUUUGCAAGGAAGGACUAUCUGGACGCUCACAUUGCGGUGCACAACAAAAGUAACCGGAAGACCUAUUCAUGCAACUUGUGCGACAAGAAGUACUUCAGUCGAGCGGGGCUAAGUUACCACCGGGAGAUGCACACGGGAGUCAAAGCUUUCCCCUGUCCGUAUUGCCGCAAAUCUUUUGCCUGGAAAACUCAUGCACUGAAGCACAUAAAGCUCCAUUCAAAAACUGAUGGGAAUGAGAGUCAGAAUUAA